ACACGCCAGUAAUUUCGUUGUCGUAUAUUCGAAAGCCUCGCUGGAAGCUCUGCAAAUUUGCAUUCUUCUCUUCUCUUUCGCUUCCUUUCCGUUUUCUUCCUGUUCAAAAAAAAAAAAAGAUAGAGAGAGAAUCUCUCUGGCCUGAUCUCUCUCACACGUCUUCACAAUCAUUAUUGUUUUCAUCAUUAUUAUUUUGAAUUCAAGCGCAGAUACAAAUUUUCAUUGAUUCAUCGCAAUUCAGAUCUCCUUCGUCGCUAAGCCGGAGCUAAACGAUGUCGUACGCCUACCUCUUCAAGUACAUCAUCAUCGGCGACACCGGAGUUGGGAAAUCAUGCCUUCUUUUGCAAUUUACUGACAAACGUUUUCAACCUGUGCAUGAUUUGACCAUUGGUGUCGAAUUUGGUGCUAGAAUGAUUACAAUUGACAACAAGCCAAUUAAACUACAGAUUUGGGACACGGCUGGUCAAGAAUCAUUUAGAUCUAUUACAAGGUCUUACUACAGAGGUGCUGCUGGUGCAUUACUAGUUUAUGAUAUCACAAGGCGGGAAACUUUUAACCACCUUGCUAGUUGGUUGGAAGAUGCAAGGCAGCAUGCAAAUGCAAACAUGACAGUAAUGUUGAUAGGGAACAAGUGUGAUCUUGCUCACAGAAGAGCUGUUAGCACAGAGGAAGGCGAGCAGUUUGCCAAGGAAAACGGUUUAAUAUUUAUGGAGGCCUCUGCUAAAACAGCACAGAAUGUGGAGGAGGCAUUUAUCAGAACCGCCUCAACAAUAUAUAAGAAAAUACAGGAGGGAGCUUUUGACAUAUCCAAUGAGUCUUAUGGGAUAAAGGUUGGUUAUGGUGGCAUCCCGGGUCCAUCACUCGGAAGAGAUGGAGCUCCUGCUCCAGGAGGGGGUUGCUGCAGCUGAAAAUGGGACGUAAUUUCUUUUUAGUAAAUGCUUGUUUCGUUGUUAAUUCGUGACUAAUUGUUCUUUGUUUUUCAAUUGUUCAAAAGCUUACAUGUAUAAGUGGUGUAUAAUGUAAUACAACAGCCAGCAUUAUGGAUGUGAAUAGAUUGCUUCAAAUUAGCACAUGCCUUACACUUAAA